GCAGCAGCAGCAGCCCCAGUGUUGAUACUCCCGGAGCCCCGCCCCUCUUCUAGAAUACGGUCCAAUCAGGGCUGCGGGAUCUUUGAGCGGCACCACUAGUAGCUCCCGCCUCUGAAGCGCUCUGACCAAUCACCUUCCAUUGAUCUGAGUGACUGACAGCGGCGCCCCGGCAGUUGGAGGCGGGGCAUCCGCCGGGUGUAGCAGCGCGAGUUUUGAACCUGCACGGACGUGACUCGGUGUCAGAGAGCCGUGGAGAGGAGAAACUGGGAACCGGCUCAUCAUCCCGGCACCCUCUGCCCUCACUCCCGCCAGCAACAUGGGCACUGCCAAGGGCACCAGACAGGUGGAGCUGGAGAAAGUAUUGGGAAUCACUGUAUCCAGUAACAGCAAUCUAACAUGUGACCCAAACACCGGACUGAUCGCAUAUACAGCGGGGUGUGUCAUUGUCCUUCUAUGUCCAAGGAACAACAGACAAGCCCACAUAUUCAACACAUCCUGCAAACAGCUCAGCGCUCUGUCCUUCUCCCCUGAUGGGAAAUAUAUCGUCACAGGAGAAAGUGGCCACAAACCGGCAGUACGCAUCUGGGAUGUGGCGGAGAAGGCCCAGGUUGUGGAGCUGCUCGGCCACAAGUAUGGUGUAUCCUGUGUCUGCUUCUCCCCCAACAUGAAGUAUGUCGUGUCCGUGGGCUAUCAGCAUGAUAUGGUGGUCAAUGUGUGGGACUGGAAGAACAAUAACAUAGUGGCAAAGAACAAAGUCUCCAGUAAGGUCAGUGCGGUGUCAUUUUCCGAGGACAGCAGCUACUUUGUGACCACUGGACAUCGUCACGUCAAGUUCUGGUAUCUGGAGAGCUCUAAAAAAUCUCGGAUUAAUGGAACGGUUCCCCUGGUGGGCCGCUCCGGACUAUUAGGUGACCAUCACAACAACAUAUUCUGCGGCGUGGCAUGUGGCAAGGGCAGACUUGCAGGAAGUACGUUUUGUGUUGCCUAUUCUGGCAUCCUUUGUCAGUUUAAUGAGAAGAGAGUUUUGGAGAAAUGGCUCAAAUUAAAGGUAUCUGCCUCGAACUGUCUGUGCGUGACAGAGGAGUUUGUGUUCUGUGGCUGCGAUGAAGGUCUAAUUAGAGUGUUUAAUGCACAGAACCUGCAGUAUGUGACAGAUUUACCCAAACCUCACCACCUGGGUGUAGAUGUUGCUCUGGGGAUUGAUCCGAGCUCACUGUUUACAAAGCAGAACAGUUGCAGCUAUCCGGACACCUGCGCUGUGGUGUUUGACCGGUGUAACCAGUGGCUAUGCGGUGUAUACAAUGACCAUAGCGUGUAUGUAUGGGAUGUCAGUAACACCAGGAAGGUUGGGAAGGUGUACUCUGCUCUGUAUCACAGCUCCUACGUGUGGAAUAUAGAGGCCUCUCUGGAAGUAGAACAGAAGACGUGUGUAACUCUUGGGUCAUUUUUUACUUGUUCUUCUGACAACACCAUCCGCCUGUGGAAUCUGGAGAAGAGCUCGCACACUGGUCUGCGGAAGAAUAUCUACAGCAAUGAAUUGCAUAAAGUGAUUUAUGUCAAUGACAAUAUGCUAUACCUAAAGGACACCUCUGGCACAGUUGAAAAGCCUGAGCCCAAAGACUCAAAAAGUGGAGUACGUGUGGUGAAAAUUCGACAUGAUGGGCGUCACAUAGCCUCCGGAGACCGAACAGGAAACAUACGAAUAUAUGAUCUGGAGAGUUUUGAGGAGCUGCUGACCAUAGAAGCACAUGACGGCGAGGUUUUGUGUCUUGAAUACUCCAGACCUUUGACUGGUGUGACACUGCUGGCCUCUGCAAGCAGAGAUCGUUUAAUCCACAUUCUCAAUGUGAAUCAUAAUUAUAGUUUGCUGCAGACUCUGGAUGAUCACUCCUCUUCUAUAACAGCGGUGAAGUUUGCAGGUGACAAUGACCAGAUGCACAUGAUCAGCUGCGGAGCAGAUAAAAGUAUUUAUUUCCGUCCAGCACAAAUGCUGCCAGAGGGGAUCAGUUUUACUCGCCUGCACCACGUCGUGGAGAAAACCACCUUGUAUGACCUGGACGUUGAUGUAACCCAGAGGACUGCAGCUGUGGCCUGCCAGGAUAAAACAAUCAGGUUGUACAGUGUCUUAACUGGCAAACAAGAGAAGGCCCUUAAAAGUUCCCCAACCGGAGGAGCACUGUUGAAGGUGCAGAUGGAUCCAUCUGGAAGAUUCUUGGCAACAAGUUGCUCCAAUAAAAACAUCUCCCUCUUCGACCUGCAAAAUGGUGAAUGUGUCGCUGUGAUGUACGGACACUCUGAUAUUGUGACUGACAUGAAGUUUACAUAUGACUGCAAGAGACUGAUCACUGUCUCCGGAGACAGUUGUAUAUUCAUUUGGCAGCUGGACCCGGUUAUGACUGCUUGUAUGAGGCAGCACCUGGACGAGUUGUCUCUGCCGGGGAAACCAAACAGAGCAAAGGAAGCAGAGUCUCCUAUUAGUAACAGGAGAGAAACGUUCAUGGUUGACAUUCUGGAUGAGAGCUCCCAUGAUGACCUGUUCUUUGAGAAAAGUAGUGAUGUUGAUGAGCCAUCAUUCACCCCUUCCAAAGACUGCUCUGAGACAGAUCACACCUACCUGCAGACUAAUGGGAAGAUGCCGCUAUGGGUAAAGAAACUGGACAAAGACGAGAAUGAAUCUCUGGUUGUCCUCUCACAAAAUCACUACAGGCCACAAGGACGCUGGGCCAAAGAGAACACCACUGUUGUGAUACGGGAUUUUCUGGAUAGCAAAGAUCUAAGUUACUGCACUGCAAAUAGUGACUUAGCCCAGGUGUCGUUUCUGGACGAGACCACAGACAUGGAAUGUGUAGAGCCAAAGAACCUGCAGCAUCUGCUCGAGUCGGCAGAAGGAAACGAUCUUGUGAAUGGGACAUUCAUUACGGAAAUGUCCACAGCUUUAGAAGACACAGAUGUUCAUUCCCACUCUUCAGAAUCAAAUGGAAUAUUCUAUCCUUCAUCUCUGCAGAUGUCCCAGCAGGAGGAAAGUGACUUUACUAUUGAAGAACUUACCUUUGAUAAGGGCCAUGAUCCACUCGCCAAUGACCUGUUACCCAGCUGUGAUCCAGAUGAAGAAUCAUUGGCGUCUGACAAUUGUUCUGAAGCCGACUUAGAUGAGAACGACGGGGAGCAGAACUGCUGUCCGGAGACACCAGAGCGGGAGACUUUCCUGAGGAAACAUUUUGACACCUUAGCGGAUUUACUUGCAGAAGAGAAAUUUGACAACUCCCUGAAAGAUCUGCUGCCUGACGAGGAGGACAACGAUUUCUUGUUGAACCAACGGCUGAGCUUCUCUUCUCGAUUUCUUUGUUGGAGCCAAAGGAAUAACCGACUGGGAGAUGUCUUACUACCUUGUGGCCAGCAGAUGGCGACUGCUACAAAUACAGAGCUGAAAGUGGAGCCUGACAGAACGCAGCCCUCCAGGAGAGUGUCUGAGAGACCGUCAGAAAAGGCAGCAGAUGUAAAGGAAAGGAGAAAAUCUGAGAAAAAUGCAGAAAUCUCCAUGCCAGUUUCCAGUUUGCAGAAAGUUCAGGUCCACGAGAAAGCAGCAUCUCGAGCCUCAUACCCCAUCUACUGCCCUAAAAAGACCAGCUCCUUAAACAAGUCCAACAAAGGGCGAUCUUACAUGGAAGCCACUUCUAGUUCCAAGGCAAAAAUAUUUCGCAGUGCCUCCGUGGGAGAUGGCAUUAAUGUCCCUCAAGCUGAAGACCAGAGAAGAAUGUCUAAUAUGUCUCGCCAUUUGUCCAGCAUUGACCUGUUUUCCUUGGAACAAACUAAGUCUCAUUUUACAGCAGACAACUCUUGUAAAGUGCUUCCAUCCUCCACAUCCAAUGAGCAGAUAUCUUCGGGACAGCACGAGAGGGCAAGCUCUACGGCCAGCUUCUCAAACACAUUAUUGGAUAAUAUUUUAAUGCCUCCACCAGCAGCUUGUGGAAUUAUUCCACGUUUAAAGAAGAAAACUAAAUCUGUCAAUAACCUUUCUAAGCUGUCCUGUAAAGAGGAUCUAACCAGCAUUGGUUUGAAGACCAAGGAUGGAGUAGAUGCACUAAAGAAUGGAGUUGCCACUGAUACACAGAGUAAGAGAACUUCAUUGUCAGUGAAGACCAAAUCCCAAGAUGUCCAUUACUUCCACAGAAGAGCAUCUAUAGCAGGGAUUCCCACCAGUGCAGCUCCAAGCAGCAAUCCUGCUGAAGGUCCUAUGUUUUCCAGUGCCAUAAGCAAUGGCCUGUGUAUUUCCCCAUCCACAUUCUCUAAGAGUAUUGGAGGACCCAAUGUGAAGGUUCUGUUGAGUAGAUGUGAGCAGGUGAUUGAAGACCUUCACAGAACAUUCCAAAAGACACUGGAGACGUAUAAGGAGAUUGAAAGCUACAAUGGUUCCCAAGAAGAAAAGAUUCAUUUAAGCUCAUUAUUUCUUGAGGCUUUUGAUCAUAUACAAAGUGAGAUGGAGUUGGUGGGAAUUGGACCAAGAACUGCGGAAAAAGAGCCUUCAGCUUGUGAGAAGAGCACAAAGAGUCCAACUCUCAAUUUGCUAGAACAUUAUUCGGAAAUGUUGUUGAAGUUAAUGAGUGAGAAGAUGGUAUCGAGUGAAUGAGGCUAUCAAAAAAACGUCCGAGUUUAAAGACUAAUUGCUCACUAGUGGUUCUGGUGUUCUGCUGUUAGAAUCUAGAAUGCCCAGUACUGCUCCUCAUGCAUCUCUUGGGCUCAGGUCUACCUUGCACUGGCCACCAGCCUCCUGUUUGUGUGGCUCUGCAGUAGAAUGUGUGGCGUUAUCUGUGUUAUUAAUUACAUUGCACUAAUGCUUCUAAUGUAUUCAGUGUUUACUAAUUGACUGAAAAGCGAACAUGACCGGUGAAAUGCCAUUUGGAACGGAUGUUCUAUCCCCAUCAUGGUAGAAUGGUGCAGACACUCGAAGCCCAGAGUGGGUGAAUAUACAAAGGCCACAUUUUGUAGUGUGGUUGUACGGAUUUAAUAAAAGCCCAUUAAACCUAGAAUAUAAAUUAAUCUAAUUUAAAAAGUUUUUGUGUAAUAUAAUGUACAUACUGUAGGCGUUCCUACUAUAAGUCUAUUGUUCUUUUUUUUUUAUCAGCUGUUUUACACAUUGUGUUGUUCCCUAUAGUGUCAGGUCUCAUAGACAGAAUUGGGGGCCCAGCAAACCCCUUCCGUUAUAAUUGCUGCUUUGUGUCACAUCUCCACUUCCAAAUAACGCAUACAACUUGUGUAAUAUGUGUAUAUGUCUUUUGAGUGUAUUUUAUAUGUUCAGUUUUUGUCUAACCUUAUUGUUCUAACAAUGAGCCAUAGGGUUGUAUUCAUUUAGUGCCGGUUCUUUCAUCCAGGUGAAAAACUGCACUUUUCGGCUGUUUAUAGAUCAAAUUUACAUUCGACCUAUUAAAUGCCCGUGCCGUUUUUUCGACUGGUGGAAAAAAUUGGCACAGGCGGAAACCACGUGGAUUAGCGAAUUCGCAGCCGAUCCACGUGUUUUAGCGAAUUUGCAGGUGUUUUCGCCCGUUUUUGGGUUCAUUUUUGCCGAUGCCGAUUCGUCCACAAAAAAAAACGAAAAGGGACUCAAAAAUGGGCGAAAACGCCCGCGAUUGAAUACACCUAUGUCGAAUUAGUGCUGUAUUUUCAGCUAGCCGAAGAAAACGGCACUAAAUGAAUACGCCCCAUAGUCCUGUCCAGUAUUUUAUUGAGGAAAAGCAGAACAAUUCCUCUUUUCAGUCCUGUUGAUAUCUCUAUGUCCAAUCUAUUAAAGUUUCCACUCCAAAAGAUA